CCGCAGCAUGGGAGGGCUGGGCGUGCUGGUGGUGGACGACACGGGCGUGAACCUGGUGGUGGCCCGCCGCACUCUGAGUCGAUGCGGCGCCGCUGUGGCCACGGCAGGCAGCGGGGAGGACGCAGUGCGGCGGGUGAAGGCGGCCAUGGGGGGGGCGGGGGAGGCGCUGGAUGUGGUGCUGAUGGACCUGCAGAUGCCAGGCAUGGACGGCAGAUGUGGAUGAGGAGAUUACUCGGCGCUGCCUUGCGAAUGGCUUUGAUGGCAUUCUGCAGAAGCCAGUCGACCCCAAGCUGCUCUC